UUGAACAAAAGCAACCUGACAAUGCGGUAAAACUCGACCCUUGAAAAUAAGCAAUGCAGCAAUCAACACAACAACACAAUAAUAAAUCAUACCAGUCAUAUUUAACAAUCGUUCUUUUAAAGUUUUAAUAGUUUGGUUACAUGCGAAAGACACUGCUGCGAUAUACAUGAAAACAAUGUGUGUUUUCUCAGACUAGUAAAAUCAGCGAUAGGCUACUCAGAGGCUCCAACACACAUACACAUAAACAGAUAAUACAUCUCUUCGUUCUUUUUCAAAACCAAAAGAUGUUACUGUUUUACAUUGUCUUGCAUGAUUUGAAAAGCAAUCGUUUGAAUCUCACAGAUCUUACCCAGCUGAACCACUCCUACGCAUCCAUGUGUUCCAAAUUGAUAUAUGACAAUAUCUACUUUCGAUCACGUGUUGCGGGGCGACUUAGACGGAUUGCGCGUCAUCUCGCCUUCCCAAAUUUUCUCCUUCUGCAGCUCGAAUCCAAAACAUCAUAUCUGUAGUACGGACUAGAAAGAUGUUUAACUCUGUUAAUCUGGGCAACUUCUGCUCCCAGACGCGUAAGGACCGGACAUCCGAGUUUGGGGACAGGAAUGGCUGUGCCUCAAACAUCUACCUCCCCAGCUGCACCUACUACGUUCCCGAGUUUUCCGCCGUCUCUUCGUUUCUUCCACAGGGGCCCUCGCGACAAAUCACAUACCCCUAUUCCACAAAUCUAUCUCAAGUGCAACCAGUGCGAGACGUUUCCUAUGGUCUGGACCCCUCCAGCAAGUGGCACCACAGAACCAACUAUGCAUCGUGCUACUCAGGAGAAGAUCUGGUGCACAGAGACUGUCUUCCGCCAUCCACCAUGACAGAAAUGCUCAUGAAAAACGAGAGUGUGUACAGCCACCACCACCACCACCACCACCAACAUCAUCCGAGCUCUAGCCACCCGUCCACUGGUUUCUACACCGGCGUAGGGAAAAACAACGUGCUCCCUCAAGGUUUCGACCGCUUUUUUGAAACCGCCUAUUGUAGCACGGACAAUCAGUCAGAACAUUGUUUACAAAAGAGCGAGAUGAACAAAUUAGAGACUUCGUCCCAGCAACCCACAGCUGUUUCCGCAGCGCAAGAGCCGGAAAAGGACGCAGAAGAUGAUGAGGAACAUACAAAUUCGGGCUCGUGCACUUCAGCAGCUACUAAGGACGGCAACGCAAGCAAGAGCAGCCAUUCGAGUAUCCCGCGCACAAGAAAGAAGAGAUGUCCAUACUCCAAGUUUCAGAUUCGUGAACUGGAACGAGAAUUUUUCUUUAACGUUUACAUCAACAAGGAGAAAAGGCUGCAGCUGUCCAGAAUGUUAAACCUUACUGACAGACAAGUCAAGAUAUGGUUUCAAAAUCGUAGAAUGAAAGAAAAGAAAUUAAGCAGAGAUCGCCUGCAGUAUUUCUCUGGGAAUCCGUUGUUGUGAUUGUUGAAAUUGUGUUGCCUUUUAUUUAAUAUCUCUGCAAACUAAAAUAAAAAAUGCCCAUUAAGGUAAUUAAAUCAUUAGAAAAUGUGUUUGUUACGGCCAGCAGCAGUACUAAAAACUGUUAGCCUUGUUUGAUUGUAAUGGCUGAGGUUGGGAAAGAAAAAAUGCAAAUUUGCUUAAUGUCAAAUUAAACCGGCAUUUCUAGUCUGUGAUUCACAAUCUAAAAGGUAUACCUAACAAGUUUAGUGUUUUUGUUUUGUUUUGUUUUUUUUAUAUGUAUGUGACAUCUUUUAAGUGAAAUGUUUAAAAUCUUCACUUUGAAAAUAGUCACAAAAUAGCUUUAUAUAUACUAUAAUAUAUUAUAAAAUUGUACCCUCUAUCAUUUUAUGGUUGUAUAUAUGUACAUUAAAACACAUACACUCGACUCUGGUUCGAAUCUGGAGAUGUCAUACUUUUUUUUUUGUUUUCACCAUUUAGAACUGUGACUUGUACAGUCUGUAAUAUUGUAUUCCUUGUACAGAGAUUAUGCAUUGUGCAUUCGUGAAUGUAAAUAUAAUGUUAUUUUGAGUAUCCUCAUCCUAUCCCUGCUGCUAUUUUUCUUUACAUUGCAUUUACAGCCUUGUGAGCUUUGUCGUUCGAUUAUUUAAAUUAUUUGAUGUACGCCCAGAGUUCUCAUUUAGUUCGGAGGGAUAGCUCAGCGAUCCGAUUUGGCCUGUGUACUACAUAUUAAUCCAAAAAUAAACACAAAUAAAGGUAAACUGAUAUGUCAAUUGUGACUUGAUUUAAUAAAAAAUCAUAAGGUAAUCUAUGGUGAAGUAAAAU